CACGGUUGGAGAUGCUCUGAGAUGUUUUCCAAAGUUAUCAUUAGGACACAUCAUUGCGGCGUUCCUAGUCACUCCACCUCACAUUCCUUAUCUUCCACCAUCAACUUUCCGAUGCCACCUUAAUUUCCAAACCUCUCCCAAACAAAAAACAUGAACGCGUUACUCCAUUCUUCAAACCAUUACCUUUGUAGGGUACCCUACCCUUUACUCUCUCCGGUUCCUACCAACAACACCAACCUUCCAAGGUUCAUUUCAACCACUAAACGCUUGCCUCAUCCCAUUGCAUGUGCCACUUCCAAUGAAGAAUUUGCAGAAGAGAUUAAAGUGGUUGAACCCAACACCAAUGAAGGAACCGCUUCAUCCACUUUUUCUACUCCAAUUGACAAAGAGCUUAAAAGGGUUGCUCAGAAGACAGCUGCAACCUUUGCACCAAGGGCUUCCACGGCUUCGAGAAACCCGGCAGUUCCUGGAACUACCUUGUAUACUGUUUUUGAGGUUCAAGCUUAUGUAUCAAUGUUGUUGGGUGGAGCUUUGUCUUUUAAUCUCAUUUUCCCUUCAGACCAACCUGAUAUUUGGAGGUUGAUGGGAAUGUGGUCCAUUUGGAUGUUCACAAUUCCUUCGUUACGAGCUCGAGAUUGCUCAAAGAAUGAGAAAGAAGCUCUCAACUAUCUUUUUCUACUAGUCCCAUUGCUCAAUGUUGGAAUCCCAUUCUUUUGGAAGUCCUUUCCUGUUGUUUGGUCGGCAGAUGUAAUAGCUUUCGUUGGAAUGUAUGCAUGGAAGCUUGGAUGGCUCCAGAAAACGGACUAGCUCGGCCCAACUCGGCGAUAAACUGUUUUCAAGGCUAGUUGGCUCUUGAAUUUCUCAUGAAUCUCAAUUAUAUAUGACAGAGCAAAUGAGAUGCGGAAUUUCAUCAAGUGUUUAAUAGAUCACAGUUCUCAACACAAACACCGAGGAUGAAACAAUUCUGCGUGGAAAUUCCAGGUUCUUUUGCAUCUACUAGGGGAUCUAGAUAUCAUUGUUGCAUUUUUUUCUUAAUGUCAAACGAAGAAAAUGCGUAUACGUUCUAUAUAAGUUUUUCAUUUUUAUCACGUGUAGCCGCAGAAAUAUUGACAUUACUGAGUUUGAUCUACAAUCUCAAAAGAUGAAAUGUAAUUUUUUUCA